CGGUAAUCCACUACUCAUCCUUGAGCUAGCGAGCUAGCUGGGCACCUAGGGCCUUGCUUGUGUGAUGCGAGUUUAGCGUUUGUUUUAUUCACCAUCAUUUGAGUCCACUUAUAACAAACAUGGAGAGCGACGAAUUAGAGGCAAUCAGGCGGCAAAGAAUGGCAGAACUCCAGGCAAAGCAGGGGGAUCCCUCAAAGAAUCAGCAAGCAGAUGAAUCCAAACAAAGAGAAGCUGAAAUGAGGAACUCUAUCUUGUCCCAAGUUCUUGACCAGUCUGCUCGUGCAAGAUUGAACAGACUUGCUUUGGUGAAGCCGGAGAAGGCUGAUGUUGUGGAGAAAUAUCUCAUUCAAAUGGCUCGCUUUGGAACAUUGACAGGGAAGAUUUCAGAUUCCGGCUUGGUUGAGAUCCUAGAAAAAGUCAGUCAGCAAACAGAGAAAAAAACAACAGUCAAAUUCAACAGGCGCAGGGUGAUGGACUCGGAUGAAGAAGACGAUGAUUAGCUGUCAACUGGAGCUUUCAAAUGAAUUUCUUUAAGGAAUUAAGAAGACCCUUUUCAGUGGGACUCAAAGUGUCUUCAAAUACCAGUGUGAUCCUGAGAUCCUGUGAUGUGUCUCUGGAAAACCACACAUCAGGAGAGCGAAACGACAAGAUUAAAUUGACAAAAUGGUUCAAGUGAUGUUGAAUAGAAUACAUAAAGUGUGCUUGCGCUUUGAUUUCAAAUGGCAACACCUGGCACUCCGCUGUUCCUCUGUUCCUCUUUACUCACUUUUUUCAUAUUCACUAUGAUUUCCAUUUUACAUACACAGGGAAGUUUGGGACAAAAGCCUAACAAUAAUACAUUUGCAUUUGGAGGACUUCUCUCUCUGUCAGGACCAGCAGCCUCAGAUGUUGCACUUGGAUCGCUUCUUUUUGCAGACAUGUACGUAUGUUAAAUGUUUACAAAAAUCAAUAAAUGAAAUUUAAAAGGCCAUACAUUUAGAAGGGC